CUUUAUCAGUGCACGAUAGCUAUAAGACGAAACAAUAUGGUGGUUUGCCUCGGUGCAGAGAACAGCAGUGCUGACAACUGAGCGCUCCCAAUUGUUGCCUUCUCUCCUACUGGAACUAUGACCGAGCCAAGCACCAGUGGCAAGCGCCAUAGAGAGGAUGAAGGUGUUGGAAACCUCGGCUGGCUGGCGAGCAGCGGUAUGCUGCCUCGCAAGCGGCAAGACAUUUCGGGAGUCGGCAAUGCGAGCAUUAUGGAGCUACAAGCACAACUUUAUCGCACGCAAGAAAAUGUGAAAUUGAAAGCAAGUGGCGUCGAGGUCCCCGACCGGCGAACUUCGGGGUUCAACGUCGCAUCGCUUAUGCAGCGACGAAACACGGGCGUGGAAGAGCGCGAUCGACGGGACAAGCUUGAAGUCAAGACCACCGCUGACCGCGUCGGGGAGUGUUACGCCGCGCUAGAGCGCAAGGCGCAACUAUACGAGAAACUAGCUCGCGGCGAGUUGGACGACGAGGGCGAGCAGUACGAGGUGGACUUCCUGCGCAAGGGCGGGGCGGCGGAGGAGGAGGCGGGUGGAGGCGAGGGCCGGCGCGGCGGCGACCUGGUGGACACCAUGCUGCAGGCAGUGUCGGGGACAGGCGGCAUGAUGACUGCGGACAUGGCGCGGGAACGGGAGCGGCGCGACUGGGAGCGGGACCAGCAGCGCAUCAUGGCGGACGAGGAGGCGGAGGAGCGGAGGCGGAAGCAGAAAGAGGCGCUGCUUUGGCUUGUGGGGGCUGUCGGUGGAGGCGCUGCUGCCCGAGGUGACGGUGCCGGUGCCUGAGGUCCUGCGCAGCCGCAGCGAGUGGUGCACCACCUACCUGGAUGAGGACAUGCGGGUGGGGCGCGGCAGCGGCGGCGCGCUGUUCCUGUUCCGGCGCGGCGGCGCGGACGACGUCACCGAGGCGGCGGGCGCCAUGGGCGGCAGCCUGGGUGCGGGCUCCGGCAUGGGCAUGGGCUUGGGCGUGGGCUUGGGCGCGGUGGCUGCGGAUGCCCGCGCGCCGGUGAUGCGGCCGCUGUGAGGCGCGUGGGAGGAGGGGCGGGUGGCAGGAGGGAAGUGGAGCCUGGCGGCCGGCGCCGCGGGUGUGUAGCGGUGUGCCCGUGUGUGUGCGGGUGCGUGUACGUGUACGUGUACGUGUACGUGUACGUGUACGUGUACGUGUACGUGUACGUGUACGUGUGUGUGUGUGUGUGUGUGUGUGUGUACAUGUGUGUGUGUCUACAUGUGUGUGUACAUGUGUGUGUACAUGUGUGUGUACAUGUGUGUACCUGUGUGUACAUGUGUGUACAUGUGUGUGUGUGUGUUGAGGUGGGCAUGGUGUGGCUGUGUGGGCGAGGAGGAGCACAGCGCUUCCAUCCGGCACUUGUGAGACAUGUCACAAUUUAUCAUCAUUUUAUCGCGGCAGGCAGUCCUAUGCAUGAGCAAUUCAUGGCGGUGCGCAUGGCGUGGAAUGGAGUGAAUUGAUGUUGUCAGGGGGCUGGUUGCAAUGGCCGAUACCGGUACCUGUGGUCCUGUGCGUCUCUGCGUGUCCUGUACAGUGUAUUCCCCCAAAUGGAUAGGGAGGGCAUGGUUGCAGGCCUGGCCAGAUCAGGUGUCUGGGUUUUAUCCCUCGCCUG